AUGAUUAUAAGAAAAUUAGAAAAUAGUUAUUUUCUUAAUUUUCGCCUUGCCAACAGAACUACUCACCCUGCUUAUAAUAAUAUAUUAUAUAUUCGUGUAAUCUAUCCUGAUUACCUUACAGUACAUCACCUAGCUAAUCCCCAGAAUAAAGAAGCUGCUGACCAUCUGGCAGCAUUAGAUUAUGAUAUUGUAUGUCUUAUACAAGCCCUUUCCAAGGCAACAAACUGCAGGAUAAUUUUUAUUAAGAAUAAUAUUAAUUACUACUCUUGGAGGACUCAUUCUCUUAAGAAAUUAACUAGUAUUAAACUAAAUUUUAUAUUAAAUAGUUCAGAAAGCUGGAAAUUCUUUAUUUAUAUUAUUUAUAUUAUCUUCACUACUGUUACUGCAGGUUAUGUCCCACUGCAGCGGUUUGAAUUUCAUAUAGGAUUAUCUAGAAUUCUAGUAGACCCAGGAAUACUACAGCUUCUGGAUCUCUGUCUUAUUAUGAGUCCUAUUACUUUGAUACUUAUAAUUUUACAUAUCACAGUUGGCCUACCAGAGAGGGAAAUGUUACAUCUAGGAUUUGAUUUUUAUAUUCAAACAGGGGAUCUUAAGGCAUUAAGUGAAGGUAUUUGCCUCAAGAAUCUCCGCGUCUUGGAGAUUAAUAUGGUCAGUAAUAUAGAAAAUUAUUUAGCUAGGCUACUUCUUAUCCAUAAAAUAACUUUGCACGACGUGUAUCUGGAAUUAAUUAAACUUCUAACUCUAGAGUCCUGGAAAUUAUUACUUAAGACUAUUCAGGAUGAACUUUGUUUAGACCACCUUGAGAUCACGGACUGUGAAGCCAGUGAUCGUAUCAUUAUAUUCAGUGGCAAGCAGUUAUGGGAUUCUAUUAGUAUCCAAGGAGGGAAAGAAACUUUGAAUAAUCUUAUUAGAAUACUAAUAUUAGAGAAGAUAAUCUGA